GUUUUGAAUGCAUAUGUUUUAAAAUGGGAGUCAGCUUAAGUCAAUAUUAACAACCCCUGCCAUUCAAAGUCCAACUAAAGUUGUGCUGAGUUAGGCUCUUUUAGUAACCAACUCCAGUAGAAAACUUGACAAUACUAAGAAGAGACCUUCGUUUUAAUUUAUUUUUCAAAGUAGAUACAAUGCUUAUACUAGCUUAUGUUUCAAAAUACUGUCUUUGAUAACAUAAGCAAAAUAAUUCAGAUUCGUUAGGAGGGACGUAGCUCACCAGGUUUUUGGCCCUUUGAAUGCACAAUCUCUCUCCUAACACAAGGGCCUUGUAAUUCUAUAGUCUCUUUCGUCCCCACUUUGUUCCCGUCACCUUAACGGAGAUAGUGAAAAAAUGGCUAGCUUGCUGUUUAUAAAUUUUCUUGUUAGCCAACAUUAUGCAGCAACCAACACUGUGUUGAUGCAGGUCAGCUAAUCUAAAGCUAUCUUGUUAAAAUUGAUUUACUUGAAAAACACUUCUCAGUUCACUUGUAAGAUGCUAGGCAAAGAUAAAUUAGCAAUAUAAUGUGCACAGUUGAAACUACUCCCACUCAUGUUAAGGCUUAUGUGUGUUUUGUCACUACACAGAAAAUGAUUAAGUAAAAUUUCUUUGAUCAAGACUUUAUGAGCCGAACACGUUACAGGAAAUCAGAGUGGAGGGGAGAUCACACAGUGCGGCUUUGGUGAAACAUUUCAUUAUGCAGUUUAAGGACAUUUUAAAAUAUUGUGACCUACUUCAUCGCUUACCAUGCACUUCUUUCCUUUGCUGCACGGUUCUUAAGAACGAGAGAAGUGUUCCUCUGACCUAGAAAGAAAACCUCUGUACAACCUCAAAGCAACCUACUUGAAGAGGCUGACGACAAGUCAAAGCUUGGUGAGGUCUUCAGUGAAACUUAACCUUCUCUCAGUUAAUUUUAGUUCAUUUUAUUGAUUGAAUUUACUCUUCAUUUAUGAUCAAGUAGAGAGGAGAGAGCCCCACCCCUGGAACUUCCCAUAUAUCACUGCCUCUGGGACCUCCUGAUGUAUGAAGGUCAGGUGAUAGGACAAUCAAAUGAGUGACCCUGCUCUUGGAGUUUUUGAACUGAUAUAAUCAGUUAAACAUUAAAGCACACCCAAAAGUUAUUAGCACUUUGAUACAGUUCUGCGACUCACAUGUGACAUGCAGUUUCUUUACAUUCCUUUUUUUCUAUGGGAAAGUGAGUGGGGGUUUUUGUAUUUGUGUAAUACCUCUGUGGGCAGAGCUCAUCUCAGGUGGAAGUUUCCUGCUUCUCAGAGGAAUAUAUAAGGGCUGCUUUGAACAGCAGCUUGUCAUCACAACCUCUCUCUCUCUCCACCUGAAGACAGACGGGUCAACAGCACAGCUCGGAGUCACUGCAGCCAACACAGAAGAAGACAUGGUGUCAGUCAAAGCUUUGCUGAUGGUGACUGCGCUCCUCACCCUUUGUCUGCUGACCACAAACACAUCUGCAGGUAUGUACAUGGUUUUCUUUAAUAAGUCUGCCUCAAUCUGCUUCUUGUAUUCUUAAUUACUUUCUGUAAGUUUUGUAAAUUCAAUAACUAUAGAUGUCUAUUUUUUAACAAUGCCAUUUUUUUUUAAGCUUACGCAGGUAAAGGAUGUUGUCACAGUUACUCAAAAAUCAAACCACCAUUUCAUCUAAUCAGGGGGUACUCGGUCCAGUCUGAAAUAGAGAUAUGUCCUAUCAGUGCCAUCAUGUAAGUGUCAAUAAAGCCACCUCCAUCUGCCUUUAAAACAGAAAAACAUGAGAGAGAGUAAGAAAGAAAGAAAUGAAGUUUGUAAUUGAUUCUCUUUUGCUUCCGAUCUAUAGUUUCCACACAAAGAACGGCAGAUAUUGCUCCAAUCCUGCUCAGAACUGGGUGAUGGACUAUGUUGAGCGUUUGAGGUAAAUAUGUUUAAGCAAACGCAUUGCGCAUAAUAAUUAACAGACAGUUUAUGUGUUAAAAACAGAACUGAUAGAUUUUAAAUUGGUUUCUUCUCAUUGCAGGAAUAAAGCACGACUUGUUCACAACAACUCACUGAAGAAGUAGGAGUUAUUUUCUAUUUGGAGGGCAACAGCGUCCCAGCAAAAUCAGACUGUCUCAUCUCCAACCUGCAACAAAUGGUGUUAUAGAAUUUAACACCUGAAAAAAAAAAAAAUCAGUUUUUAUUUGUUUGUUGAAUUAAACUGCUGUUCAUCACAAGUAUUUUUUUAUGCCUUCAGCUCAGCUGUACAGUCAAAGUUGUGCAUUAUAUUUUUAUAUUUUUGUCAAAAAAAGAUGUAUUUUUUGUAUAUGCUAUUAAAAAAUAAAGUUUUGUUUUUUAAAUAACACAUA